GCCAAACGAUGUCACUGUGAACAAGAAAAAUAACGAUAGGAGGGUGAAGAUCGAAAAUUUGAAUAUUUUUUGGAAUUGUAUAUUCAUUAUUUCUAAAAUGUGUCAUGUAAAAUAUUAAGUGCCAAUAAUGUGAUCGACCAGGAAUAUAUUACCUGCCGUGAUGUACGGCUGAAACUCUUGGGAUUUAGGUGUGAAAAUGGGUUGGAAAGAUUAAAUUUUUUGUAAGCAACAAGUUAAAAAAUAAAAUUCUGAAAGAUGACAGAGAAGAAGGAAAAUAAGGAAGACGACAGUAGUGUCAGGGUAGCUUUGAGAAUCCGUCCCCAGUUGGCGAGAGAGAAGAUAGACAUGUGUCAGAUAUGCUCCACCGUACUACCUGACGAAAACCAAGUACUACUGGGUAAAGAUAAAGCAUUUACAUUCGACUAUGUGUACGACCUUCCAACCAAACAAGAUGCCAUUUAUAAUUCAUGUGUUCGAAAUCUUAUUGAUGGGUGUUUUGAAGGUUACAAUGCCACAGUUUUUGCCUAUGGACAGACUGGUUCUGGUAAGACCUACACUAUGGGUACAGGGUUUGAUGUCAACCAUGUUGAAGAAGAGAUUGGUAUUGUACCCAGAGCUGUUGACCAUCUGUUUAAGGGUAUUGCUGAAAGACAGAUGGAAGCCAAAGAGAAUAACCAACCUCCUCCUGACUUUAAGAUUACAGCACAGUUUAUAGAGCUUUAUAAUGAAGAAAUCCUAGACUUAUUAGACACGACUAGAGACCCUGAUUCAAGGGGUAGAAAAUCUCAUAUAAAGAUUCAUGAGGAUGCCACAGGUGGUAUAUACAUGGUUGGGGUCACCACACAGUCUGUUGGAUCUUUAGGUGAUACUAUGCAAUUAUUACAAAAUGGUGCUUUAUCACGUGCUACAGCCAGUACAAAUAUGAAUGUACAGUCAUCUAGAUCUCAUGCUAUAUUUACAUUACAUGUAAAACAACACAGGAUGGUCCCUAAUGAGCCUGAGAAUGAUGAUGAUGAAGAUGAGAAGGAAACAGAUUCUACUCAGGGAGAUGUGAAUGAGUUCGAGACAUUGACAGCCAAAUUUCACUUUGUCGAUCUGGCGGGUUCAGAGAGACUCAAAAGAACUGGUGCUACUGGAGAUAGAGCCAAAGAAGGCAUUUCAAUCAAUUGUGGCUUGCUUGCCUUAGGAAAUGUGAUAUCAGCUCUUGGAGAUAUGUCCAAGAAAUCUACUCAUGUCCCUUAUAGGGACUCUAAAUUAACCAGACUACUUCAAGACUCCUUAGGAGGAAAUAGUCGGACUUUAAUGAUUGCCUGUAUAUCACCUUCUGAUAGAGACUUUAUAGAAACAUUAAAUACAUUAAAAUAUGCUAAUCGUGCACGUAAUAUAAAAAACAAAGUGAUAGCCAACCAGGACAAAGCCAGUAAACAAUUAGCAAUAUUACGGACAGAAAUAACACAGUUACAGCUAGAAUUAUUGGAAUAUAAAACGGGUAAACGGACUGUUGAUGCAGACGGUGUAGAAACAGUUAACGAUAUGAUUCUGGAGAACACCAUGUUACAGACAGAAAAUGAUAAAUUACGUCAGAGACUUAAAGCUUUAAAUGAUGUGAUUGACUCACUGAAAACACAAAAUACUCAGUUAAUAGCAGAAAAGGCUGCUCUAGGCAUUACAAAUAUUUCUGAGGAUGCCAGGGCUGGAGAAGUGACCAAAAUGAUUGAAAAUUAUAUCCAGGAAAUAGAAGAUUUAAGAUCCAAAUUAGUAGAAUCAGAAGCUAUGGCCUUACAAUUAAAGAAGAGAAAUACUCCAGUGCGUAUGUCGGCCAUGAGUCCAAUGAUGUCCCCUAUCAGUAUGGCCAGCAGUUUAGAUAUCUGUGGAUCACCGGCUGCGAUGGGAAGUUCUGUUCUCCUCGAUGCCAAGAAAGACUUGAAAAAAUUAAAGAAAAUGAAAAAGAGUAAAGUGUCCAGAAGUCUUAGUGAGAAAGAGAACGUGAGUGAUAAUGAAAAAGAACAGAAUGAAGCAGAGGCUGACCAAGAAAUGAAAGAAGAAGUAAAUGGAGAAAAUGAAGAAAUGAUGGGAGUAGAAGAAGAAAUUGAAGAGAUGGAUGAAGAAGAUGACGAUGAAGAAGAAGAAUUGGAUGACUUAGAUGAGAGUUCAGAUGAUUCAGAUUCAGAAGAUAAAGAUUCAGACAAUAUACAUGAAGAUCUAGCUGAGCUGACUUGUGAGAUCUCCAUCAAACAGAAGCUUGUGGAAGAACUAGAACAAUCACAGAAGAGACUUCACUCUGUGAGGCAGCAGUAUGAAGACAAGGUGGUCCAGUUAAUGGAGAAAAUUAAAUCUAUAGAAAUGGAGAGAGAUACUAUUCUAUCCAAUAUUGGUUCUAUAGAAAGCCAGUCAAGUGAUAAAGUCAAGAAAGUCAAAGUAGAAUAUGAUAAAAAGUUGACAGGACUUCAGAAUGAUCUAAAGAAACUACAGGCUGCCAAGAAAGAACAUGCUAAAAUGUUAAAAAAUCAGUCUCAUUAUGAAAAACAGCUAAAGACAUUGCAGCAUGAAUUAGCUGAAAUGAAAAAGACUAAGGUAAAAUUAAUGAAACAAGUUAAAGAAGAAGCUGACAGAAACAAACAGUCUGAAGCCAGACGUAAUAAAGAGGUGGCACAACUAAAGAGAGAACAAAUACAAAAGGAAAACAGAAUCAGAAAUCUGGAGAAAGAAAAGAAACAGAAAGAAACAGUUCUGAAAAGAAAAGUUGAAGAGGAAUUACAAAAAGAGGUUGAGUCACUGAGGAAGAGAAACAAGCCAAUGUCAGUAAGAACAGCUGGAAGAGUAGGAAGAUAUGACAGACCUGCUACCAUACCUAUAAGUAAUAUUGGAGUGCCAGUAACAUCAUCACCAAGGAGACGGCGGAGAGGGACAUUUUCUGCUAAAGCGGCAAAACAGAAGUGGGAUGCUAUUGAGAAAAAUAUAUCGUCUGUGAUAACAAAGAAACAAACUAUAUCUAACAUGGAGAAAGAUAUGGAAAUAUGGCUGAAACAGAGAGAAAAGACUUGUAAAAAAAGAGAAAAAUAUAUGAAAAAGAGGGAAGGUGCUAUUGCCUCUGGAAAGGAACCAGCUGUGAUAAAAGAUUUAAACGAUGUUAUAGAACAUCUGAGUAAUCAAGUUCUAGUGGCUCAGGAAAACAUCACUGAAUGUCAGGCUAAUGUCAUGCAAAUGGAAGAAACUAAGGAUGAAGCAGAAGUCAUAGAUGUCUCAACUGUUGUAAACAAAUGUGGAUUAGAUGAAGCUCAAUAUCUGUUGGAACACUUUAUACAAAUGAGUAUAACUAAGGGUGUAGCAUUGUCACAGAAAGAUGCAGAGAUUCGAGAGCUUCAAGCCCAGCUUCAUCAGACAGAACUAAACAACACAUUACAACAGGAUCUGUUGAAACACAUGAUUAACGAUAGGGUUGAUAUUGAGGUCGAUAAUCUGAUGACCAAUGCUACUGAUGGUAUGUUAGAUUUAGAAAGUUCUACAGAUUCAUCCUCAUCAUCUCCUGCAGAAAGUAAUGUACAAACAAAGAUCAGCAUGUUUGAGAGUAAGGUGUCGACUGCUGAGUUACCAGGGCAACCAACAGGAGGUGAUCAGUCUAAAAACUUAUCAAAGGACUUAUUACGUAGGCCGAUAAGGAGAAAGACUGCUACACCAGAGGAACUACUAUAUCCUGGUUCUUCUGAAGCUACCAUAGCUGUCCCACAGUUACAGACACUGCAUGAGGAACCACAGAAAACAUUGACAAAGGUUAAUGGUCAUGGCGACAACCAGUUGAUGCCACCCCCUGUUAAACCCCCACCCAAGUGUUCAUCGACAUCUAGUUUACCAAGAAUGACCUCUGCAUCAAGAGCUGACCCUGGACCAUCACCAAGCUUAAGAAGAAAAGAAUUCCCUAAGCCGAGUCCUGAUCCAUCACCGGUACUGAAGAGAAAGAACUACAGUGGCUCAAACCUGCUUACAAGGUCCAGUUCCGUAAGACUAAGACCUAAUAACUCACUGACAAAAGAGAGGCCUAAGAGUGCAGAUGUGUAUCUUUUAAUCAGAGAUACAACAACAUCUUCCGACACAACACCACCCUCGUCACCAACAUUAUCUCGGAGAGCCAGAGUGGUAGAUGACAAUGUGUUCUCACGACUGACUAGUAACACACAGCCUCCAUCUUUAAAUCCUCCAAACAGAGGGAAUAUAGUUCCUAAUCCUAAUACGGGUAAGAUUACAAUGACAAGUGGUAAACCGGCUCCAGUGACUUGUACACAUAUGGCAGAAGGACAUUCCAAAGCUGUGUUGUCUGUUUUUGCAACUGACGAUUUAUUGUUUACAAGCAGUAAAGAUCGAACAGCAAAAGCAUGGGAUCUUCAGACGGGGAAAGAGGUCAUGUCAUUUGCAGGCCAUCCUAACAAUGUUUUAUCUGUGAAAUAUAAUGAACUGUUAAAUCUUGUAUUUACUGUGUCACAGUCUUAUAUAAAUGUGUGGGAUUAUCGUAUGAAUGCUACUCAGUGUAUCAAAACAUUAAGUUCGUCUGGUUUAACACAUGAUGGACCCGUAAAUUUCCAGUCUGGAAUACGACAAAGUGAACUCCCCCCAGGGGAACAUAACAUCAAUGACAUAGCUCUAGGUUGUGAUGGUUAUACAUUAUACAGUGCUACUGGCAGUAUGGUCAGAGUUUGGGAUCUUACUACUUUCAGUGCAAUAGGUAAAUUAAAUGGUGGGCAUCAAGCAGCAGUAAUGGUGUUAGCUGUUGAACAACAAAAGGAUAAUGAUGUUGUAAUAACUGGUUCUAAAGAUCAUUAUAUAAAAAUUUUUGAAGUAACAGAUGACAAGGCAGGGGUAUUAACUCCUAAGUAUAAUUUAGAACCACCCCAUUAUGAUGGUAUACAGUCGUUAGCGAUAAAAGAAAAUAUUUUAUUUAGUGGUUCUAGAGAUACUUGUAUAAAAAAGUGGGAUUUAAAAACACAUCAUUUAAAACAGUCUAUAAACCAAGCACAUAAGGAUUGGAUAUGUGGAUUAAGUUUUAUACCUGAUUCUAAUAUUGUAUUGAGUGGAUGUCGUGGUGGAUAUCUUAAGUUGUGGAAUGUGGAUAACUGUCAUUGUAUGGGUGAAGUAAAGGCUCAUACAUCACCUAUCAAUGCUGUAGCAACCAAUGGGUCAGCCAUAUUUACUGCGUCUAAUGAUUCUGCAGUGAAAAUCUGGCAGUUUAACAGAAUACAAACAUUGACCACACUGUGGGAAUCUGGCGGACCAAAUCCGGACUGGAAACCCCGGACACAUCAAUUGAGCAGUCCUAAAAGUAAAAGUGAAAACUAUAUUUACAAGAGGUACAGAUAACACAUCGUGAAAUUAACUUUAGAAAUGAUCACAAACAUUUGUAAACUCUAUGGAAACAGCAGAAGGUAACCAGGAAGUGAAUAGACUGUUCCUGGUAACUCAGCAGAAACAGGAUACCAGUAUAUAUCAUAUAGAAAGGGAGAUAAUUCAAUCCAAAUUCAUUCAUAUAUUUACAGAGGGGUGCUUUUGUACAGCUUGGGUAGAUGAAGCUGAUACAUUUAUGCAUUUCACCUCUAUUUCUCCAUCAAACAAAGGCCAUGAAAUAAUUGUAACCCCAUAACUUAUAUUCAUAAUAGAGGAAGCAAGAUGCCUAGAUUAAUUUAGAUUGAUCCAUAACCCUUAUAAAACAAUGGCUUUCAUGUGCUUCAGCAUUUAUCGAAAUUAAGGUCAACCACUGAGUUAAGUGGCAUCAAAUGGAGGAUAGUUCACUAUUUUGUAAUUUAAUGCAACAUCUUAAUUUAGGUAAUUCUUUAUAAUACAUCGAUCAGACACAUAAAACUGCUAUAAAUCCAUUAGUUUUGCAAGUGCUCCUUGAAAUUGGUAACAUGGUUGUAACAAAGGAGUUGCCGUGCUAAGGGCCUUAUUUGCCAAAAAAAUGUAGUCAUUCAAAAUCAUAGGACUUAUGCAUAGAACAUUUUUCACAUGAUUUGAAUAUUCACUGAGAUUUUGAAUGAAUGAAAGGGGGUCAAAUUGAAUAUUCAUUCUUAAAUGACUAAAUACUGCUAAGUUUGUGAUUUAGAAAUGCCAACAGCAUGCGAGUACUAUAUACAUUUAAAUAUAGUUAUGGUGUUGGUAUGUAUAGGCAGACUCUCUGAUAAAUGAUCUACUUCUAGUUCUCAAUAUGCCAAUAAAAAAUAGCAUAAAAACACAAAAAACAUGAUGUCAAGAUUUUUAUUUUCAACUAUGUUUAAGACUUUUGAAAUACCUGUUGGUCAUUAAGAAAUAACUCAUUUUCAAUAGAUGCACACAGCUUGUAGAUUAAAAGUCAAUAUAUCUGUGAAAAAUUGGUGAAAGAAUUCCCUUAUAAACACCAUCCUUUAUGACUACUGUAUGCUUCAACUUUAUGCUCUUAGAAUUGGUUGCUCAUUUAUAUGUUGUCUAUUUAUGCUCAAUUCUGUUCUUUCUCAUUUUUUAAGACCAGAGAACAAGUUAGUUUUAAGAUUUUCAUCUUAAGCUUCAACCAAAAUUAGAUUUAUUUUCAAAUGUAAAAAACUGUGUAUCCUAUUCUCUAAGAUGAUCCGGCAUCAAAUAUUUGUACAGUUAGGUUUUUUUUUGUGUGUACUUUCUCAAGCAAUUAGCUUGCUCUAUAAGUUUAUACUUCAAAUUUAUCAAGGAUGGAAAUCUUAAAAAUGAUAUACUUUGGCUAAGUUAAAAUAUAUUUGUAAUUUAUUGUUUUUAUAAAAUAGUAGAAAUUUUUAUUUUCUUCUCAAAAAAGUUUCAUGUCAAUGGGAUCUCAUAUUUGUUAUGAUUUUUUUAGUUUUGUUUAUUAAUUUAUAUGCUUACUUUAGUUUGUCAUACAUAAAUUAAGUUUCAGGAUUUUGUUUCAUUCAUGAAACUAUCAGGAUUUUUUUUUGGACUGCGAAAUCUGUAAUUUUGAUGCAACCAAUGUUAAUUCUGUUUUAGGUUGAUAGCCACAUAUGUACGGUUUUUGUUUCAAAACAUUAUAUUUAGAGAAAAAAUGAAAACCUUUUCCUUGACAGGUACUAUUUAGUUGUUGUAUGGACAGUAGACACUAAUUAUUAAUGAAUUUAAAUCAUGUUAUAUUAAUUCAUUUUGUCAUAUUGGGACCAAAUAUUUUUGUAAUGGCUGUGAAUUUACAUUGUUUAUUUUCCUUGAAACAGAACAACUGCAUUUACCAUUAUUACAUAUUAAUUAGAUGUAUGUUAGCCCUACUGGUCAAAGGUGUCAGUUUGGGCUACAGCUUGGAUUUGGUGUCUAUCAUCAUUGUCUGUUAAAAGCCUACCAUAAAGGCUGACUUUCAAUUGGAGAUGAAUUCAUGUGCUCCAAUCUUCCACAUGUUAAAAAUGUUACAGAAAUAAACUAUGAUUUAUUUGUAAGAGCUAAAGAACAAAGAAGAAAAGCCAGGCUUGCAUAAAUAUUUUUAGCAAGUGCUUAAAACAGUUCUAAAGGUCAAAGAUACUAGGUUGAUGAUGCAGUCUCUAGUUUGGUUAAUGAUGAUUUGGUAUAUUAGUGCUGUCUGAAUUACUUUUUGUGUAAAGGGUACUUAUUAUUUUGACAUGAUCUCAAAAUCAGUUACAAGAUAUUUUAUAUGGUAAAAUUAGAUAAACUAAAUGUGUUCAUUACAGACCCAAAUAAACAAUUUUCACUCUCUAAUUUUACCUUUUUCAUUUAGAAAUUAUUUUUUUUUCACUGUAAAAAGUUAUUUUGUCAAAAAAAAUUUAAAGAAAAAGAGUUUAAUGAUAUUAAUGCAUGAAAGGUUGAUUAAAGUAGCACAUUCUAAUUUUGUUCUGUCAUAAAAUAUGAAAUUUUCAUAUUUGUUUAUGUUUAUUAUACAUGACAUGUUAUUUUUUGUAAGCUCAAACAACAUCAGAACCAAAACUGUGUUUACACAAAGAGAUAUUUACUUUGGUAUUUAGAUGUCAUAACUUAAUAGGUAACUUUUAGAUCAGUCAGCAAUGGUUGACAAGAUGUAAUAAUCUUGGAAAAUAUUUUGGAAAGUUAAUAUGGGUCAAAAGUAGAAAUAAUUGAAGUAAAUGUUAUUCCCCUGAAUAUAUGUGGUGAUAGAAUAUUUUCUAACAGGGCUCAUUAUUCUCAAGUUCUUUAGAGUCUCUUUAAAGAUGUUUUGUUUUGCAUCUUAUCUAUUGUUUCAUUAUAAUCUCUAGUCCAAUAUAAAAAAAUAACCUCAAUAUUUAAUCAGUGUAUAAUUGUAAUUAAAAUAUAAUGUUCAACCUCGCCACCUUGAUUUUGUAUGUCUUCUUUAAGUUGUCCAUUACACAUGAAGAGGGAAUACAUUGUACACAUUUAAACAAAUAAGGUUCAUAGACCUGUCAUCCAACAUAUCUAUAAAAUUAUCAUUAUUAUAAAUGAAUUAUUACAGUGUUAUACGUUAAGUUUGUAUGAUAAGAUUGCUUCAAGUCGCCACUGUGAUAAUUUUGUAAUUAUAUGUUAUAUUGGCUGUAAAUUUUUUGUACAAGUUGUAUGGACAAUACACAUCCCAAAUGUAAUGUUUGGUACAUUGCAUUAACUGUUUUGUUUUUGUUGAUUAUAUAGACAAACAAAAUAAUUAUGACAGUUUUGUUAAAUAGCCUUUGUUGUCAACAUUGUUAUCUUUUUGAAAUUGUGUCUCCACUGCUACCUUUUGUUUAUUAUCCUCCAGAGUCAGGUUGGAUUUUCUUUGAAAACACUCACUUUUAAUCAUAUAACCAUGGUCAAAUCAUCAAAUUUGUUACAAGGUAUUCCUGAAACGAGGGACGUUUCCACCAUUUUUGCCAACUUAAUAAGUGUAGGUAAUUCGAGUCAACAUGCUUCACAAAUUGAAAUGUAGACUACUGUGGAUUCAUUAUCAUGCAUGUUUUAUGAUGAAAUCAAUCAUCAUGGAUUUCCAGGGUAAAGAUCAACAAAUUUACUUUUUCCAUGAUGUACAACUUGUCUAUAGACUUCUGAUUUUGCAAAAACCAUGAAAACAAAUAGAAACUUUCUAUAGACUUGUAUGCAGAUUUUGGCAAAACCACGAAAAAACAAAUAUCCAUGAAUGCCUAUUUUUUCCUUGAAUCCACGAAAAUAAGUAACCACAGAAAUAAAUGAAUCCACAGUAGUUGAUAACCUUGUGGAACAAAGCUUAAUACGGGGGUAACUAGAUGAUUUAUUUGAAUUUGAAAUAUCUAUAUAAAAUUAUACCACUUACAUUAACUUGAUCGGGAAGUUUGGAUACUUCCAGGACAUUUUUCAGUGUAAACACAUCAAGACUUGUCUCAGAAUUCUCUGUAACCAUAGUAACACAUACCUAAGCUUUUGUCUCGGAUUUUGUUGUACUUAUCAGGGAUACAUAUUGUAUGUAAAUAUUGUCGUUAUGAUGGUGCAGAUGUACCAAAAUAAAGUUAUAUAUAUUUUC